AUGGCUAGCAAAGUCCAGGACUUGAGUGUUACCAACAAGCAACUUUCGAUCAAAAACAUCGAGGGAUCCGUUUUCUUGUUCUACAACUGCAAUCCCGACCAAGUCGUUGGUGCUGAUGCAUCCACCAUCACUGUCGACAACGUAGCGGGGAACGUCUACAUAUUACACACAACGCACCUUGAGAAGCAUCUACCGAUGCCUGUAUCUGUGCGCGGCUCUCGAAUGACCGUGGCUUCCAAUGUCGUGUUCAAGGAAGGUAUCGUCGUCGUGCAAAAUGUCGAGUCAGACCUGAUUCGUGUGCACUCGAACAACUCCUCGGCCCAGGCAGUUAAGAUACGACAUGUUAGCGGCAACGUCAUCUCGGAAGGCGGCGUCCCUGUGAAUGUCCGGAUCAGCGAGUGGGACGGCGAGUUCACUGCCUCCCUUCCAUCAACCAUAGAGCUAGCCCAAAUCAUGGAGAAGGCCGCUUCCGCAUAG